AUGUUCCAGCAUCCCGGAGAUUCCAACAUCUCUAAGCUCCAGGUCUCUGAGUUCAUUCUGAUGGGAUUCCCAGGCAUUCACACCUGGCAGCACUGGCUCUCCCUGCCCCUGGCUCUGCUCUACCUCUUAGCUCUCACUGCCAACAUCCUUAUCCUGAUCAUCAUCAAUCAGGAGGCCACACUGCAUCAGCCUAUGUACUUUUUCCUAGGUGUCCUGGCUGUUGUAGACAUGGGACUGGCUACCACCAUCAUGCCCAAGAUUUUGGCCAUCUUAUGGUUCAGUGCCAAGGCCAUCAGUCUCCCUGAGUGUUUUGCUCAGAUGUAUGUCAUACAUUGUUUUGUAGCCAUGGAAUCAGGUAUCUUUGUCUGCAUGGCUAUAGAUAGAUAUGUAGCCAUUUGCAAACCACUACGCUAUCCAGCAAUAGUUACUGAUUCUUUUGUGGUCAAGGCAACUGUGUUCAUGGCACUUAGAAACAGCCUGGCUACCAUCCCAGUGCCUGUGUUGGCUGCUCAGAGACACUACUGCUCACAGAACCAAAUUGAGCACUGCCUGUGCUCUAAUCUUGGAAUAAUAUCUUUGGCAUUGGCCUUAGCAACUUUUUUCUAG